AUGAUGGUGGACGAACAAAAAGAACUCGAGGACCGCGAGAUCAUCGUAAACGAAGUCGAUGGAUUACCCAGUUUACUUGAUGAAAAAAAUGAUUUAUACAAAGCCGUGACCUCUGAACAUUCAUCGUUAGACGAUCUAAAUGAUGAAGAUUUGCCUACAUCGUUAAUUGUAACUAAUAUCGAUCCUGCAAUUUUUAAGGAUGAUGAUCUUAAGAAAGAAAUGGAAAUGUUGUUUGGCCGGUUUGGAGAAAUCAUUUCUGUACAAUAUUUCCGUAGCUUCAAGCGCUUAAGGGUUAACUAUGGCACUUCAGUAUCUGCUGCCACUGCCAGAAUCCAGAUGCAUCAAAUAAGGUUUUAUGACACAAUAAUCAAUUGUUACUUCGCACAGCCUGUUACACCAAUUGAUGCGGCAGACCAACACUUACAAUUACCGGCUCCAGUAAAACAGUUUUUAAUAUCACCUCCGCCAUCACCACCAGAAGGUUGGGUACCUAGAGCUGAAGGCGAGCCUCUCAUAAAUUAUGAUUUACUAGCUGCUAUAGCGAGCCUCACACCCGGUCAACCCCAUGAAAUCCAUGCUGCAACCGAUACUUUACCCGGCAUUGUUUUACAUGUGGCUGAAGGACAUGAAAAUAUUAAAACAUCGGUUUCUACAAUUCCUCAUACAAGGCUACCAGAAAAAUAA